AUGGGCAAGUCCAACGGCACCCGGGGCAGAAGUCCCCAGCCGCCUUCUGAGAAACAGCAGCAACCUGCUGUCGCCGCGCAGCUCCAGCCUGCGCUCGCCGUUCCUGGAGCCCCCAAGGCCCGAUCCAAGUCGCGAUCCAAGUCGAGGUCCAAGAACAAGAAGAAGGCGGCCAAUGCCAUCAGCACCUCCUACAAGUCUGACGGUGUCGAGGACAACGAUGUCUUCCUCCUGCCCGUGUCUGACUACUUGGUAGCUCUGGGUAUCAUUGCUCUUGCUACCUUGGUUCGCACGUGGAAAAUCUACAUGCCCACCAGUGUCGUCUUCGACGAGGUCCAUUUCGGUGGUUUCGCCUCCAAAUACAUCAAGGGCAAAUUCUUUAUGGAUGUCCACCCCCCUCUCGCUAAGAUGCUCAUCGCCCUAACCGGCUGGCUUGCUGGAUUCGACGGCUCGUUCGACUUCAAGGAGAUUGGCAAGGACUAUAUCGAACCCAAUGUCCCUUACGUGGCUAUGCGCAUGUUCCCUGCCAUCUGUGGCAUUCUGCUCGCCCCCAUCAUGUUUUUGACCCUCAAGACCGUUGGCUGCCGAACUGUGACAGCUCUCUUGGGCUCUAGCUUUAUUAUUUUUGGUAUGCUUCUGUCAAUGUGCCUCCUUCUUGUGUGUUUUCCUUUUGCUGACAGAGUCUGUUCAGAGAACGGCCUCCUUACCCAAGCUCGCUUGAUCCUCCUCGACUCCCCCCUGGUUUUCGCUACCGGCUAUACUGCUCUCGCCUUCAACGCUUUCACCAACCAACAUGAACUUGGUCCCAGCAAGGCCUUCUCUCCCAGCUGGUGGUUCUGGCUGAUUAACACCGGUCUCGGUCUCGGUAUUACCGCCAGCAUCAAAUGGGUUGGACUUUUCACUAUUGCCUGGGUUGGCCUCUUGACCAUCCUCCAGCUCUGGAUUCUCCUUGGUGAUGUCCAGAAUGUCUCCAUGCGUUUGUGGACCAAGCACCUCAUGGCUCGCGUCUUCUCCUUGAUCAUUGUUCCCCUUACCUUCUACAUGGCCAUGUUUGCCAUCCACUUCCUCUGCCUGGUCAACCCUGGCGAGGGUGACGGUUUCAUGAGCUCCGAGUUCCAGUCUACGCUCAACAGCAAGGGAAUGGCCAGCGUUCCCGCAGAUGUUGUGAUGGGCAGCAAGGUCAGCAUUCGUCACGUUAAUACCCAGGGUGGCUACCUUCACUCCCACCCUCUGAUGUACCCCACCGGUAGCAAGCAGCAGCAGAUUACCUUGUAUCCUCACAAGGAUGAGAACAACCUGUGGUUCCUCGAGAAUCAGACUCAGCCAUUGGGCGCGGAUGGCCAGCCCAUCAACGGUACCAACGCCUGGGACCUCCUCCCUGAGCCUAGUUACAUCACCGAUGGGGCUGUUCUUCGACUGUACCAUGUCAAUACCCACCGCCGCCUUCACUCACACGAUGUCCGACCUCCUGUCACCGAAGCUGAUUGGCAAAAUGAGGUAUCUGCUUAUGGUUACGAGGGAUUUGAAGGUGAUGCCAAUGACUUCUUCCGAGUUGAGAUUGUGAAGAAGCAGUCGAAGAGCGGUGCCGCCCAACAACGUCUUCGCACCAUCGAAACCAAGUUCCGGCUUGUUCAUGUCAUGACCGGUUGCGUUCUCUUUUCUCAUAAGGUGAAGUUGCCUGACUGGGCGUCUGAACAACAAGAGGUAACUUGCGCUCGUGGUGGCUCUGUCCCGAACAGUGUUUGGUAUAUUGAGAGCAAUGAGAGCCCUCAUUUGGGCGCCGAUGCUGAGAGGGUCAACUACAACAAGCCCGGUUUCUUCAGCAAGUUUGCCGAGAUUCAUGCAGUGAUGUGGAGGACAAAUGCUGGCCUUACGGAUUCCCACGCCUGGGACUCUCGCCCCGAGUCGUGGCCCAUCCUUCGCCGUGGUAUCAACUUCUGGGGUCGCAACAACACCCAGGUCUACCUCCUUGGUAACCCCAUCAUCUGGUGGUCGUCGUCCAUCUCUAUUGUCGUUUGGGUCAUCUUCAAGGUUAUUGCCGUUAUCCGAUGGCAGCGCAGCUGCGGCGAUUACUCCAAUGCCACUUUCAAGCGCUUCGACUACGAAAUCGGCACUUCGAUUUUGGGCUGGGCUCUGCACUACUUCCCGUUCUAUCUGAUGAAGCGUCAACUUUUCCUUCACCAUUACUUCCCUGCUCUUUACUUUGCGAUCAUUGCUCUUUGCCAGGUCAUUGAUUUUGCCACCUUCCGAAUCCCUGCCUCUCAUGGCCACGCUUCCUCUGGUGUUAUCUUCAACCGAAUCACGGCCGUUGUUUUCUUGGUUCUCUCUGGAGCCGCUUUCUCGCUUCUCUCCCCCUUAGCCUACGGUGGCCCCUGGACCAAGGCCCAGUGCAACCGCGUCAAGCUCUUCCCUACUUGGGAUUUCGACUGCAAGAACUUCCAUGACUCUCUUGACCAGUACACCUACCUCACUGUCGAGGCAGGAACAAACCCAACGCCCACCCCCUCCGUGGCGGACGCAGUUGUUCCUGAAAAUGAGGCCCAGAAGCCUUUGGGUGACGCUCCCGAGGCCAAAGCACCCGAGGUCAAGGCACCGGAGGCCAAGGCACCUGUCGAGGAGGUCAAGGUUGUCGCUGCCGAGGAGCAGGUCGUCGAGUAUCGUGACCAGAACGGCAACCUACUUAAUGAGGAGCAGGUCAAGUCUCUUAGGGAACAGUCGGCCGAAUUCUCAACCAAGCUUGAGACUGAGACUCAGGUUGCCGAGGACAUUGCGAAGGAGCAGCCACAAUCUGUCGAGAGCGAGCCUCCCGUUGUUGCUCCUCCUCAUCCCGAUGUGGAAGGCCUCAACAGCGAGACCGUCAAGAACGACGAGAAGGUUGAGAUUCCCCAGGACGCUGCGGCCAGCCGCGAUGGCGAAAAGGAGGCUGAGCAGAAGCAAGCUAAGCCUGCCAGCGAAGGACAGGAAGCCACUCUCAACCAAGAGCUAUAA